AUGUCGAUUGUCUGCCAACCGAAAGCAACGUGGGAGGACACGUGCUUGCUCGUGAGGGAAGCCGAGACCCCGGUGUUGUGGUAUCGGAGAUUGGGGCACGCCGGAUACGAGAGGUUGGCCAAGAUGGUCGACCUCAAGCAUCGGUCGGGGUGUGGGGACGGACUAGGGUGGGGAGUAGGUCAACGAGGGUAUGACGGCCCUCCUCGGCAAGAGAGCCUGGACGAUGCAACGGACCACGGUGGGGCACUCUCCCGAACAAAGCGGUUCGGCGGAGCGAUUGAACCGGACGCUCGAGGAAAGGGGGCGGGCUUUGCUACAAACGCCCGAUUGGAUCCGGAGUUGUCGGCGGAAGCGAUGGUUACCGCUAACUACACGCGGGAUGGGAGCGGAAGCGAGGAGAUCGGGUUGCCCGUCGAAGGGGACGGGGAUACCGAGGAUCUCACGAAAGACGAGAUGGCGGACCGCAGAUACCCCACUAGAGCGAGGCGGGCGUCCAAGGAGUGGUACCGGGCAAUUACGGCGGCGGAGUCGGGGGAGCACCCCAAGGGGUCGGGGGAGCAUUCGGAGCUCCCAACGUAUCAGAAAGCCAUAGGGGGAAGAAGAGAGCGAGCUCUGACGGAAGUCGAUGGACGAGGAGAUGCAAUCCUUGUUGGAGAACGGGACGUGGGAGCUUCUCAAAAAACCGGAGAGGGUGAAGCCGAUUCCCAUGAAGUGGGUUUACAAAUUUAA